AUGUCCAGUAUGGAUAAGACACCUGCAACUACACUAACUGAUCCUUUAUCCAUGAAGACGACAACUGAGCCCCCAAUGAUAGUCCGGCUGACAAACACUGUGACUUGCCAAUCAGAAAGCUGUGCCAUGGCAGAGAGCCGACAGGUGAGCAAAGGCCAUCCACGUGGCCCCUGGACAUGGCAACUGGGCAAGCAGCAUGGGAGAGUGUACUGUGAACAUUCAGGAAGGGGCCAAAAGAGGAAAUACCAGGCAGAAGGUAAAAAGGCUUGGCAGCAUGAAGAGCCAAUCGUACCUCUGAAGAGGCUGAAACCACAGCAGUGGGAAAUAGAGCUUGGGGUUGAAGAGCCAGGCCAGGGUCUGAUACGGAACCCCCAAGAAGAGGUUCCAAUCCACCAAAAGACCCCAGAGUUCUCCAAAGGCCCUGAGGAACAGGCUAUGACUGAGACAAAGUCUGUGGAUGGAGGUAAUGGACCAAAGGGUCCCUACAGAAACAUAGGGGAAUAUGUUCAGAAACACCACAAUGGAAUGUACCCAAGCUUGUUGGGACACUGUCAACCCUGGGACUCCGUGAGCUCAGACUCCCACAAUGCUUUCCAGUACCCAUUGGACUCCUCAAAGGACAUCAAAGGCUGUGUGGAUGCACAGAUUCAUGCUUCUCAAACACCUCAAAUCUGUGAAAACAGAGUCAGCAAUGGCAUUGUCCCCAAACAAAUGCCAAUAGCUGAGGCCAAAGGAAAGGCUUCUCCAGACCAAAAGCAGAGCACAGGGCUGGACCAUGGCCCUCUGGUCACAGCGGCCAUGCAAAAGGAAAUCAGUAGCGCACUUGGCCCAGGGCCACAAGACCAGGUCUUGAGCUGUGCCUUCAAUAUGACCAUCACUCGAGCAGACAUGCACACCCUGAGUGACAGCGCGUGGCUCAAUGACAACGUCAUUAAUUUUUACAUGAAUCUUCUCGUGGACAGAAAUCAGACUCAAGGGUACCCUGCCCUUUAUGCAUUUAACACCUUCUUUUACACCAAGCUAAAGAGUGGGGGCUACAGAUCGGUCCGAAGAUGGACCAAGGCCGUAAACCUCUUUGCAAAGGAACUGGUUCUGGUGCCGGUUCACCUGGAGGUGCACUGGAGCCUGGUGGUGACAGACCUAAGAGAGAAGAGUAUUGUCUACCUGGAUUCCAUGGGACAUAAGAGACCAGAUGUCCUCGAGCUGAUCUUCCACUAUCUGCAGGAUGAGAGCAAAGCCAGAAGGCAUGUGGAUCUGAACCCUUCGGAAUGGAAGCAGUACAGCAUGCCAACCGAGAAGAUUCCUCAGCAGGGGAAUGACAGGGACUGCGGUGUGUUUACCUGCAAAUACGCAGAUUACAUCUCCAGAGGCCGCCCCAUCACCUUCUCUCAGCAGCACAUGCCCCUGUUCAGGAAGAGGAUGGUGUGGGAAAUCCUGCACCAGAGCCUACUGUAG